AUGCGCUCUCUCACGCGCUCUCUCAUGCACUUGCGCACGCGCUCCCUCACGCGCUCUCUCACGCGCCCCCUCGCGUGCUCUCUCAUGCGCCCCCUCACGCGCUCUCUCAUGCGCACUCUCACGUGCUCUCUCACGCGCACUCUCACGUGCUCCCUCACGCGCUCUCUCACGCGCUCUCUCACGCGCUAUCUCACGCGCUCUCUCACGCGCUCUCUCACGCGCUCUCUCACGCGCUAUCUCACGCGCUCUCUCAUGCGCACUCUCACGCGCACACUCAUGUGCACUCUCACGCACACACUCACGCGCACUCUUACGCGCACACUCAUGUGCACUCUCACGCACACACUCACGCGCACUCUUUCGCGCACACUCAUGUGCACUCUCACGCACACACUCACGCGCACUCUUACGCGCACACUCACGCGCUCUCUCACGCGCACACUCACGCACUCUCUCACGCGCUCUCUCCCCACUCUCUCACGCGCACUCACGCGCUCUCUCACGCGCAAUCUCACUCGCUCUCUCACGCGCACUCUCACGCGCUCUCUCACGCGCACUCUCCUGCGCGUUCGCUCCCUUGCACACGCUCUCCCUCGCUCUUCAAAACAACCCGCGCUGGCGCACCAACCCGCGCUCGAGCACCAGCCCGCGCUCGCGCACCAACCCGCGCUCGCGCACCCACCCGCGCUCGCGCACCAACCCGCAAUCAUGCACCAGCCCGCGCUCGCACACCAACCCGCACUCGCACACCAAGUCUCGCUUGCGCUCGUGCACCUGUCGCCGGAGGCGACGGCGGGAGGGAAGGAGAGGCGAUGGCGAGGAGGAGGGAGAGGCGACGGCGGGGAGGAGGGAGAGGCGGGGGCGGGGAGGAGGGAGAGGCGGCGGCGGGGAGGAGGGAGAGGCGACGGCGGGGAGGAGGGAGAGGCGACGGCGGGGAGGAGGGAGAGGCGACGGCGGGGAGGAGGGAAACGCGACGGCGGGGAGGAGGGAGAGGCGACGGCGGGGAGGAGGGAUACGCGACGGCGGGGAGGAGGGAUACGCAACGGCGGGGAGGAGGGAAAGGCGACGGCGGGGAGGAGGGAGAGGCGACGGAGGGGAGGAGGGAGAGGCGACGGUGAGGAGGAGGGAGAGGCGACGGCGGGUAGGAAGGAGAGGCGACGGCGGGUGGAAGGGAGAGAGGACGGCGUGGUGGGAAAGAAAGGAUGGCGGGGUGGAGGUAGAGAUUAUGACGAGGUGGGUGGUGGGAGAAAGAGGCAAGAGGUGGGUGGGUUUGUCACGUGA